AUGACGUGUUAUGACAAACUAGUCCAGAAAUUUGGGCCAGAUGUUAAUAAAUAUACAGAGGAUCAGAUGGUGCAGUUUAAUACACAAUUGGAUAAAUGUGUUGCCGUAUGUGCUGAUGAUCACAUAAAAUUACUUCCAAAAAUUAAAGAGCGAUUUGUGAAGUCGCUUUAA